AUGGGACCCACUGAAAAUGAGUUGUCAAGAAAUUCUUUUGCUGCAUCAAAGAUCCAAGAUGACAUGCUUCCUUCUAUGAUUCUCAAUUCUCUGGGUGAGACUGGUAAUAGCAUGGUUGAUUAUAAUGGUGAAUGGCAGAUAAAGUCUUUUGUUACUCAGGAUAGAUGGUAUACUAUCAAUGUCAACAACAAUUUGACACAAGACUGUACAUGUCCAAACUUCUUGUCUCGCCAAAUCUCUUGUGAAGUAGGGGAAAUAGUAGAGGAAAGACGUGUUGUUGAGCAUAGAGAUGCACAUGUCUUCGAUAGAAUUGCAACAUAUUCUACAACAAUGCAUCAUUGUUUUGAAGAUCUACAGACUUUGAAGACAAUUCCGGACUUAGACCAAACAGAUGCAAAAGAGAUAGAAAGAGCACUUGCACAUGCUGUACAAUUGAUAGAUAAAUAUAGAAGCAAGAAUCCUUCAUACUUUAGAAACUUAAAAACUCAAAGAUAA